ACCCGGCUCAGUUCUCCUUGCCCGUCCGACUGAUACGUGUCAGUGAUUGUGAAUUUGAAUUCUAAGUUUGAUAGGAAAAGGUUGAAAAUGUCGGCGUCACCGAUCGCGAGGCAAGCGACGCACAGUCAGGCGAUACCCUCGAGGAGGGUGCUCAUCACAGACCCAGCACAGAUGCCGGAUGUGUACUCCAGUACCCCUGGAGGCACCUUGUAUUCGACCACGCCUGGAGGCACCAGAAUCGUGUACGAAAGGUCCUUCAUGAUGUCCCUGAGGCAAUCACCGAUCUCACAAACCCCACCGAAGUGUUCCCUGCCAGCUGCCCUUCUGAAGAACCCAGGCUCCGUCCCACACUCGGUCAGUUCACCUGUCCAGAAGAACUCACGUUCAAAUUCGAUCUCGUUCGACGAAUCCCAGGAAACCUUCAGCAUGGAUCUCUAGACUUUAGGUUAGGUUAUAGUAUUAUGAACAAAUGCGUUGUGAAGUAAUAAAAGAGCGUAUUGCUCUUGGCUUAGCUUGGCUAGCUUACGAGCAAAGAUUAAAGUGACCAGAUUAUUAUACUUUAGAAUCUGGUCCUCAAAAAACUUAUAAAUCCUGGCCGCCGGCGGCACUAUGACCGUUAAGGCAUUAACACGUUCACAGCUCCCACACAUUUUGGAAAAAAGUAAUGUAUCAGUCACACAAAGUAUUUGCAACUAUUAAGUGCUACGCUGGCAAAUCUUGUGUGCAUUCACAAAAAAAUAAAAAUGAGUUUUAGUUAAAAACUUUUUGAAAAUGGAAUCACAACAGCAUUUGUUUCAAGUACAAGGCCUAAGUAACACUGCUGCCACAUCUAUGUACUCGACAAAUGUUAAAAGACUGCUGGUUGCAUCGUCAUUUAGGUCUUAAAUGUUAAGUAAGAUUAUGUUACUAGUUGUACGACGCGACUGACCCGCGUUAUAAACGCAAUCCUUUGCUGCGCCCCACAAAAACAAUAAAAAAAACUAAAAAAUAAAAAUCUAUUAAACAAAAAAACCAAACUCAAUUUUUAAUGGAAUGGAUGGAACAAUGUGUUAUUAAAAAGCAGCAAUGGAUUUACUGUAAAUAAACUUAGUUUAAGGCGUUUGACGCACUUUGUCUAGGUGCUUAGUAUUUGUAGGUACUAUUAUUUUAUUAUUUAAGAUAGCAAGUGCCAUUACAUAGAAGGAAAUUUAGUGAAUAAUUUUCUUCUGACUUGGUGUUGCUGAAAGAAAGUCAAUCAGUCAGGCAAUCUCAGAAUAUCAUGGCUGGUGUCUACAUAUUUGAGCUUGUUUUUUGUACAAGAUAUUAUUGUGUUAUUUAUAUCUUAUUGUACUUUAAAACUGACUUAACUGCCUCUAUGAUAAUUAUUGUUGGUCACAGUUGAUAUUACGAAAUAAUUCAAUAAUUAUGGAUUUGUCUUUGUUGUUUAAAUUGUUAAAAAUUAUUAAAUCUCUGCUGUUGAUAAAAUGAUAGUUAUUAAAAGUUGUAUUAGUGAUGGCUAAUAUUUCCAAAGCAUUUAAUUAUAUUUAUAUUAAAGUACAUUAAGUCCUUUGACUCUCUUGUUUGAAUGAAGCGUGUUAAAUAUUUAUGUACGUUCAAUACAUUUUGUUAAUGAAUGAAAUUGUUGGUACUUUGUAUUACAAUGUAUUGCGACUGCCAGUAUGUAAAAAAAAUAAAAAUUAUGAAAUUA